AUGGAGCAUAUUAAGCAGUCCUUCGCGAAAGCGAAGCAUCAGAACCGUGCUGCUCUGGGGGCCUAUGUUACCGCUGGGUAUCCGACAGUCAAAGAGACGCCAGAUAUCCUACUCAGUCUCGAAAGCAGCGGUGCAGACAUGAUUGAGCUGGGCAUGCCGUUUUCUGACCCCAUUGCGGACGGCCCGAUUAUCCAAGAGGCCAAUAUGAUCGCUCUCGCCAAUGGUGUCACCAUCACAGGGGUAUUGGACAUGGUGCGAGAAGCAAGACGACGGGGACUAAAGAUACCCGUUCUGCUCAUGGGGUACUAUAAUCCAGUCAUCCGCUAUGGUGAGGAGAAGUUGUUGCAUGACUGCAAGCAGGCAGGCGUACAUGGGUUCGUCCUGGUGGACCUCCCCAUUGAGGAAGCCGUUCGGUUCAGAAGACUCUCUGCCACGCAUGGGCUUUCUUAUAUCCCCCUCAUUGCUCCCUCUACGUCUAUACCUCGCAUGAAAGCCUUGUGCAGCAUAGCCGACUCAUUUAUCUUGCUGUGUCGAGAAUGGGUGUGACUGGUGCCUCCCAGUCACUAAGCGCCAACCUUCCUGAGUUUCUUGACCGCAUCCACACCUAUGCCGGCGACACACCGAUUGCUCUCGGCUUUGGCAUCAGUACACGAGAACACUUUCUAUCCGUACAAGCCUUGACUGAAGGCUGUAUCAUUGGCAGUCAGAUCAUCAGUACCAUCGGCGCUGCGCUACCCGGUCGCGCUGCUGAAUACGUCGGGAAGUACCUGUCUGGUAUCACCGGGCGCAAGCUCGAGCGAGAUGAGCACGGUGCGAUUGUCCGUGAGGUCACUGUGUUAGAACCCCCUGUGACUAGGGUGAGGCCUCAAGCGAUGACUUCAGAGGGUUCACGUUCGGAAACCACCGACCUCACAGCCGAGCAGGAUCCCGUGCCAUCCACGCGAUUCGGCGAAUUUGGUGGCCAAUACGUGUCCGAAUCGUUGAUGGGCUGUUUAUCUGAAUUAGACCGGGCCUUUGAAGGGGUACGACAAGACCCGGCCUUCUGGGAAGAGUACCGCUCCUAUUAUCCUUAUAUGGGUCGGCCGAGUGGAUUGUACUUUGCUCAACACCUUACUGAAAAGAUUGGUGGUGCAAAUAUCUGGAUCAAACGGGAAGAUCUCAAUCACACUGGCAGCCACAAGAUCAAUAAUGCCCUGGGCCAGAUCCUACUAGCUCGACGACUGGGAAAGUCACGCAUUAUCGCCGAAACGGGCGCGGGCCAGCAUGGCGUGGCCACUGCGACGGUCUGCGCCAAAUUCGGAAUGGAAUGUGUUGUCUACAUGGGCGCUGAGGAUGUUCGUCGUCAAGCGCUGAAUGUGUUCCGGAUGAAGCUUCUCGGUGCUAAAGUAGUACCAGUGACAUCUGGUAGUCGCACCCUGCGUGAUGCAGUGAAUGAAGCAUUGCGUGCGUGGGUCAAAGAUGUUGAGACCACUCAUUAUAUUCUCGGUUCGGUUGUUGGCCCUCACCCGUUCCCUACUAUCGUGCGCACCUUCCAGUCCAUCAUUGGGCAGGAAACGAAAGAACAGAUGCGACAGGCUAUCGGAAAACUCCCUGACGCUGUUGUGGCCUGUGUCGGGGGAGGCAGCAAUGCAUCAGGAAUGUUCUAUCCUUUCAUAGACGAGCCAAGUGUCCAGAUGCUGGGUGUGGAAGCCGGUGGCGAUGGCCUCGAUACCUCACGCCAUUCAGCAACCCUGUCCGGUGGCAGUAAGGGAGUCCUUCAUGGAGUAUACACCUAUCUCUUACAGGACGAACAUGGGCAGAUCUCGGAGACACACUCUGUCUCGGCUGGUAUGGACUACCCAGCGGUAGGGCCCGAACUCAGCUCCUGGAAGGACAGUGGAAGGGCCCGAUUCAUUGCAGCCACCGAUUCCCAGGCCCUGGCUGGCUUCCGCGCUCUAGCAAUGUACGAAGGCAUCAUUCCCGCGCUAGAGUCCUCUCACGCUGUCUACGGUGCUAUUGAACUCGCCAAGACAAUGAAGAAGGGCGAACAGGAUAUUGUUCUCAACCUUAGCGGACGAGGUGACAAGAAUGUCAAUACUGUCGCUGAGGUCCUGCCUCGUCUGGGACCUGAGAUCGGGUGGGAUUUGUGGUUUUGA